AAGCCUGAGAUUUGCUUUAGAGGGAGUGAGAGUUUAGAGAGGAGGAGAAGCGGCUGACUUUGGGCUGUAUACACCAAGCUGCCUUGUGUCUGUUACUGCAGCCUGCAGGAGGGACAGUCCUCAGUGCGAGAAAGAAAUUCCAACCAAAAUGCUGGCCACCCAGUGUCUGUCCUGCUGCACUGUCAUUCUAUUAGUGCUAUUAGAGCUGGCUCUUGCCCAGUAUGAACACCUCGGCUACCCACCGGGCUACCCCGACCCAGAACAUGAACAGUACACCGCCCCGCAGCUGGCGCCGGACACGCCCAGGAUUCAGCUCCGAUUGGCGGGAGAUAAGAGGAAACACAACGAGGGCCGCGUGGAGGUUUUCUACAACAGUGAAUGGGGCACCGUCUGUGAUGACGACUUCACUAUCCACGCCGCUCAGGUGGUGUGCAGGGAACUGGGCUACCUGGAAGCCAUCUCAUGGUCACCAUCCUCGAAAUAUGGAAAAGGACAAGGACCCAUCUGGUUCGACAAUCUCCACUGCACUGGCAAAGAAAAGACCUUGGCACUGUGUCCCUCCAAUGGGAUCGGUGUUUCAGACUGCAAACACAGUGAAGACGUAGGUGUGGUGUGCAGCGACAAGAGGAUCCCGGGCUUUAAGUUUGUCAACACUCUGCCCAACCAUGUAGAGAGCCUUGAUAUUCAAGUGGAGGACGUGCGCAUACGAGCCAUCCUGUCAUCGUACCGUAAGCGGAUCCCUGUAACAGAGGGCUACGUGGAGGUCAAGGAUGGCGGUAAAUGGAAGCAGAUCUGUAACACCGAGUGGACCCAGCUGGACAGCAGAGUCAUCUGUGGCAUGUUUGGCUUCCCUGGGGAGAGGAAGUACAAUGCCAGAGUCUACAAGAUGUUUGCUCGUCGGAGAAAGCCAACAUACUGGGAUUACUCUGUGAACUGCACUGGCAAUGAAGCCCAUUUGUCCAGCUGUAAACUGGGCCAGGCUACAUCACUGAAGGCCAAUGGGACCUGUGGUGGAGGGUUGCCUGUGGUGGUGAGCUGCGUGCCUGGCAGAGCCUUUGCCCCAACACCCAUGUCAGGAUUCAGGAAGGCCUUCCGACAUGAGCAACCAUUGGUUCGUCUUCGUGGUGGGGCCAUCGUAGGCGAGGGCCGAGUGGAGGUGUUGAAAAACGGAGAGUGGGGCACCAUAUGUGAUGACAACUGGAACCUGCUGUCUGCCACCGUGGUGUGUCGAGAGCUGGGCUUCGGAACAGCCAAGGAAGCCAUGUCUGGAGGUCGCCUAGGGCAAGGUAUGGGCCCGGUGCAUAUGAAUGAGGUGGAGUGCUCUGGAUUUGAGAAGUCUAUCACAGAGUGUUUCUUCAACAAGGAGGCUCUCGGUUGCAGCCACGAGGAGGAUGCAGCCGUCAGAUGUAACGUUCCUGCUAUGGGCUUCCAGGAGUCGCUGCGUCUGAGUGGAGGUCGUAGCCCCUUCGAGGGCCGCGUGGAGGUGCUGAUGGAGAGGAACGGUUCUUUGGUGUGGGGAACGGUGUGCAGUGAAGGCUGGGGAACCAUGGAGGCCAUGGUGGUCUGCAGACAGCUGGGCCUGGGCUUCGCCAGCAACGCUUUCCAGGAGACGUCGUAUUGGCCAGGAGAGGUGAGUGCCGACGCUGUGGUGAUGAGUGGCGUUCGCUGCUCUGGUACUGAGAUGUCUCUGUCCCACUGCCUGCACCACGGAGCCCACCUCAGCUGCCCCAAAGGGGGCGGACGCAACGCCGCCGGAGUCUCCUGCUCUGAGACGGCUCCUGACCUGGUGUUGAACCCUCAGGUGGUGGAGCAGACCACCUACAUGGAGGACAGGCCUAUGUUCAUGCUGCAGUGUGCGUACGAGGAGAACUGUCUGUCCUCCACCUCCAGCCAGGUGCCGGCCAACUCCUACCGCCGCCUGCUGCGCUUCUCCUCCCAGAUCCACAACAACGGCCAGUCUGACUUUCGGCCCAAAGCUAGCAGACACUCCUGGGUGUGGCACGACUGUCAUAGGCAUUAUCACAGCAUGGAGGUUUUUACGCUCUAUGACCUGUUCACCCUAAACGGAACCAAAGUGGCAGAAGGACACAAAGCAAGUUUUUGCCUGGAGGACUCAGAGUGUGAUGAAGGUAUUGAAAAGAGAUAUGAGUGUGCUAACUUUGGAGAGCAGGGUAUCACUGUGGGCUGCUGGGAUACCUACAGGCACGACAUCGACUGCCAGUGGGUCGACAUAACUGACAUGAAACCUGGAGAUUACAUUUUCCAGAUAGUAAUUAAUCCAAACUAUGAAGUACCUGAGUCAGACUACACCAAUAACAUCAUGAAAUGCAGAUGUCGGUAUGAUGGUCAUCGUGUGUGGAUGUACAGCUGCCAUAAUGGUGGCUCAUUAAGCACUGAAACAGAACAGACGUUCCCAGGCCUUCUCAACAACCAGGUGACUCACAGGUAAAGACAAAGCAGGGAGACCAUCUGAAGCCCACCAACCACUACACAUCUCCAUCUGUGGUGGAUUCCUCCCGCCAGCCCUGCCCUGUUCUCCCUCAUCCAUGAGGCAGCAGCUUUCUUUGAUCCUCCAGCCUCCCUUUCCCCCCCCAGAAGAAUAUUUGAUUCUCCCUCCUGUCCAAACAGAGGCAGCUACCAACACUUCCAAUCUCCCUGGUUAAGAUCAAGAGAACGGUGAAGCUCUCCGUCUGCCCUGUGACUUUUGUUUUUUGAAAGAGUCAUGAAAUCAACCUGCUGGGAAGUGGCAGGUAUUUUACACAAGAUGUAGCAUUGGAGAUUGUCAUCAAGAAUGUGUCUUCUUUGAAGUGCAGCACUUUAACAACCUUUUGUUUAAAGCUCGCCCUGGAGAGUUUGGAUGUCAGUGCCAGGUCGCCUGAGGAUUGAGAGGAAUCAUAACAACUGCACCAGUCUGUGUUUGGAAAUAAAUGCAGUAUUCCACCACUUUUUUACGAGUUUCAUAAAGUGCCUUUUACACACUAAAGUCCACAUACACUGAGGUUAUGUUACUCAGGCAAACUGAGCAUUUCUUUUCCAUGGCAGUUAUAUAAGCUGAAGGAACAAUUUUCAUGCUUCACUGAGGAGUUUAUGCAAAUCAAGCUGUGGCACAAGCAAGUCCUCAAAAAGCAAACAGCCUGUUCAUCACCAAUUACAAGUGCUCAUCACCAAGGCUGAAACGUUACAUGCUGAAGUGUCUUAAAGUGCCCCAAAGCCUUUUUUUUUUAAAUAACUGGCGCAUCUAUUCUCUGAAAUUGCUCUGGAAACUUUAUGGACAAGACUGUAGUCUUUGCAUAAAGUCUGAAUGAAGUCACAUUUCAAAGAGGAGUUACAAUUCUUUGUAGGUGUUGGUGUUGCAAAGGUUGUUGGAAGCAAUCUCAGUUAGUCCAGAAAAAAAAAAAUAAUUUGAGCAAACUUUGCUCACAGAUUUACCUAUAAUUUAGAUCACAGUAUGCAUUAUCUAAGAGGUUUUAGUUUCGAGCAGCACUGUUAUAUAGCCUUCCAGUCAUUGUGCAAAAGUAGUAAAAAUAGAGAAAGAAAACUGGGGUUAUGUAAUUGGGUUAUGUCUUCCCUUUAGAACAGCUUUUUCAAACUGACUGAGAUCAAUUUCAGCUCCCACACAUUGUCUUGUUGUUCUGAUAUAUGCAUAACUCUUCCUUCUUUAUGAUAUGUAUCAAUAUUUUGCCUUUGAAGCUAAUAUGGGACCUCAAGUUUCUUUUCUUCUUGUUUAGGGCCUUUACAAAAUGCCCAUUUUCAUUACAUCCACCAUAUUUCAAGAGCAGUUUAAUACCCCCUAAAAAUCUUGUUUUUGCUAACCUCCAGUGGUAUAACUUCUCAUCUUGCUGCAGUGAUGUAGAAGUAUACUUCAUGGUGUGUCUGUGCACCAAGACAUUGGUGACAGCCACUGGGUGCAGUUACUCGUACAACAGGACUCACAUCGGCCUUGAAGCUUUCCACCAGAGAGGACAGUGAAACACUGCUUUUCAGUCUGGUUUAAGUUUCUUUUUGGCAAGUCUCAUCAGAAGUUUUGUCAUAAUUUCCCAAAUAACUAUGCUCGAAUGUCUAACUAUGUCAUUCUGAAAUGACACUGUGAGCAAAUGGCAGAUUUGUUCGAAAAUAUCACUCCAAAUCCAACUUAAAUUACGUGUUUUAUAGCCUACAUACCCGCUCUGUAAAUCACAUGUCCUGUGCUUUCUUUGGAGAAAAAAUCAAUUCCCAAAAAGCAGAAGUUUAUAUUUUAUAUUAUAUAGGUUUUUGGUUUUAGGACGACACCCUUCCUGUUUAUGCCAAUGGUUCUUUGUCUAUUUAUGUGUCAUUCAUUCAAAUGGAAUCGUCGCGAUUAGUGGAUUCGCUCGCUGGGGUAAAUAAGUAAAUUUGCAUGAAUUUUACAUGUCAGGCUCAACUUUGGUGAACUUUGACCUGCAAAUUUGCACGUUAACCAAUAGAAAGCCAUCUUAACAGUGCUGAACUAGAGAAUGGAGAGCAGAGAGUCCAAAAUGGAGGAAGCUAUCGUCGCUAAUUAGCUGUGUUGCACCAUUCACUUUUAUUUUUAACAAUGGUUUGCAGACAAUUAUGAGACAGGAGUCGAUGGUGCAAAUACGUCUUUUGAAUAAACCGUGUGAACUUAUUAUCCAGUUAGCGACCGAGCUAAUGAGCUGGCUAACUGACUGUUAGCUUGUAGAGCUUUAUUUUCCCUCCUUUCCUCGCCUAGAGAGAACAUAGAGAGAAUCUCUGGGAGUUGUGACCGACUAGCGCGUUAACGGUUAGCUCACCUGGCAGUUAGAGCAGUUCAGCAACUAACCCUGAGAGUACAGUACUUUUCUAAAUAUAAAUACCAAACCAAAUAUUUCAAAUAUAAAAAUGCACAGAUUAAUUUCGCUGUAUCACUUUCUGGUGUGACCAGACCUUAAACCAGUGACGUUCUAUCAUAGGCUGACUAACAUCCACAUAACAGCCUGAAACACAACAUAAAAGAAGACAAACUUUGAACAUUCUCACAUUGGCUUUCUAGCUUUCUUAUUCUAAUGUCGUCUUCGUAUCUACUGUACAAGCAUGGACCUUAGCUUACAUGAAAGAGCUACUAACCACCAGGGCAGUUUGCAGGGUAUAUAGCUAAUUAGCUAGUCAGCUGUAGCACAUUUUACAGUUUAAAACCUUACUAACACCGCUGCUAACAAAUUGCUAUCUGACCUUGGCUUGUAAGCUACAGUUACCAGAGCAAGUUUGUUUACAUUGUGUGUCCGUGCCCGUCAGCUCAGCUGUCAAUCAAACAUGUACACCGGCAUAUCCACUCACAGGCCUGAAGGCUAAAGAGCAUUUCUGAUGUUUCUCCAAAGAGCUUUUUUCUUCCUUUGAAUAAUAAAAAUAUUAACGAUAAAUUUAAAACUCAUAUCUAUAUGUUACUGAAGUGUGUCUUCCACAGCCAGUGGCACUCUGUCAGCUCUACAGGAGGAUCAUAGGAUAGUAGCAUUCUUUCAAAUAAAGGAAGGUUUCAGCCAUUUCCUCUCACUGUUUUCUAUGUUGUCUUUACAAGGAAACAGAAGAGCAGAUUUUCAUCCUGUUGUGGCACAGAUACCAUCUUCUCAUAACAGAGAGAGCACACAGAAUCGCAUUUCUCCCUGUUUAGACAGUCAGAGUUGCAGAUAUGUUGUUUUUCUACUCUAUAAAUUUUCAAGAGACAACAGAGACAACAGUUUUUUUUUUUUUUUUUUACAGUUUUACUCCUUGUUUUAAAAAAUUACAUUACGUACAAUAAUGUGUGUGUGAAUCCUUUUUUAUUGUACUUUUUAUAAUGGUGCUAUCAAACCCCUGGCCCUCUGUUUUCUGAGGGUACAGUACAUUAUGUAUACUAACAGUAUACUUGAACUGAGCGUACGAAACAAUGUGCUUUGUGUGUUAAACUAUAAUAAAGGUCUGAGUUACGUGGGCAAACAAA